AUGGCUCCGAGAAUUGCUGUUGCUGGUGCUACUGGAGAAUUGGGGAUUCCUAUUGUGAUAGCUCUGCUAGCUGCAGGAUACCAUGUCACUGCCCUUACACGAGAAGGCAGUAACAACGCCUCGAAACUUCCUACGAGCUCCAAUCUUUCAGUGAUUGAAGUUGACUACUCUUCAGCCCAAUCCCUCGCAAUUGUUCUCAAAGAUCACGCCGUCGUCGUCUCUACUCUUACUUCUACAUCAGUUGACGACCAAGCCCCCCUUAUUGAUGGUGCUAUCAUAGCCGGGGUGGCAAGAUUUAUCCCAUCAGAGUUUGGUAGUGAUGUCACCAACUCCAAGCGGAAUCAACUACCGGUAUUUGAGAGCAAGGUCAAUACUCAUCGAUAUCUCGAGACUGUUGUAGCCGAGAAUCCCAAUUUCAGCUACACGGUGAUUUGCAACGGCGCUUUCUUGGAUUGGGGCCUCCAUGGCUUCCUUAUUAAUGUCCCUAGACAUACAGCUACUGUCUAUAAUGGCGGCGAUAUUCCAUUCGCAGCUACUAACCUUGAUACUAUUGGUAAAGCUAUCGUCGGGGUGAUUGAGCAUCUUCCUGAGACGGCUAACCGUCCAGUUUACAUUCAAGACGCUGUUGUUACCCAAAAUUUGCUGAUUAGUUACGCUAAAGAAAAAGAUGGCGUGGAAUGGGAUAUUAUGCACGAGUCUACUGAAGCAAUGCUUAUUAACUCCUCUGCAAAAAUAGCAAAAGGUAUUACUGGUUGGUCAGUAAUGCAGCCUUUUGUUUUCAGUUCUGUUUUUGGGGAUGGAUAUGGUCAAGUUUUCUCAGACCAUUUGGACAACAAGCUUUUGGGGUUGAAAGGUUUGACAGACGCAGAGGUUAGGGCUUUAGUUGAGAGUUUAUUGUAAUAAGGGUUAAGUCUUUGCAUACAUUAACUAUCAGGCUUCGUUCUUGCGAACCUCUUCCUCCAAUACAAUCUUCAAUUUCUCGUACAAAGGACCAAGUUUGUGCAAGAUCAAUACUGCGGCUUCGUCAUGUUUGUGGGUCAAGGGAUACUGUAGAGAGCCAAUGGUGCGCGCAAUCUCUCCCAUAACUGCGGCGGCGUCGGUGUACCCAACGCGCCUAAGACAAGUCGCAGCAUCGAUAGAUCGUCGAGCCCCAACUUGAACAGCGAAGUAUGCCAAA